GGAAUGGCAGGUGCCGCGCCACCUUUCAGUAAUUUUGGCGGGUCGAGAAGUCCCUUUGGGCCGGGAACGCCUCCGACGACACUAAGCGAUUUGCCUCCGCAGAUGAACUUCGACAUGUCCUCAGCACCGACAGCAGGGGCGGCAGCCUACGGAUCCGGACAGCAAGAUCA